AUGAGUGUCGGAGAAGAAAGGUCUGUGAAAUGUGAUGAUUCCCGGCCAAAGUGUGGUGCUUGCGUGAGACGAAAGUGCCAGUGUACCUACCCACGAGAUGGCCGCUACCGCCAUCCUGUCAUAUCUGUGCCUGUAGAUUCGCAAAAUUCCUUGUUACCUCAUCCGGUAGACCGGGAUAGCCCUGGGUUGGGCGCUGCCGAUCACAGUGGGGAGGCAGAGAGCCCGUCAUCACCGAUACUCAAUUCAGACCGUCACCUUUCAUCUCAUGUAUCGAUUCCAGCAUCCAACUUCUUGGACCGGUCUCUAGAGGGCAAUGUGGCGACACAAGGCCCUAAUCACAUUCACCGCACUUCGCCAUCAUAUCCAGAAUACCCUUCCAUAGGGCAAAUUCUCAAUGAAGCGGAUCCUGACAUUCCUUCUCACCCACACCUAAAUCUACCAGGAUGGGUCCCGCAAGGAGCCAAGGAUGGCUACAACCUAGUCAACGAUGAGAAUUAUCAGACGAUUGAAAUUCUUGGCUGCAUCCAAGAUGUCAAUCGCCCUCUGCAAUGGACUGGAGCCGGUCGAAACAAAAAAAUCGAUCAACGGACAGAUGAUGAGGUCAAACAAGCCCGUCUCAUAGCAAAUGCUGCUGUAAAGCAACAGCAGGAAGCAAGAUUUCUAUAUUCCAAAAGAUGGGAAUUUGACGUCGACUUUGACGGCGUUGAUCCGUCAUUGGCAAUGCAUCUCCUGGACCUACACUGGAAUACAUGCCAUUUCACAUGGCUUUUCACUUACCGCCCUGCAAUCAUGGAGAGCUUGCUUUAUGGUGGACCGCAUGUGAAUAAGUUACUUCUCAAUGCGAUCUACUUCUCAAGUUCACUCUACACGGAGCGAAUCGUUGUGCGCUCCAACCCAGACGAUAGUAGCACUGCUGGUCUGCAGUUUUAUCAUCGUUUCCGCUAUUUACUAGUCGAUGAACUGGGCACGCCCAGCAGUGUGACUGCCGUCGCCUUACUUCUCUGCGGCAUUUCGCUCGUUUCAAGGGGAAUGGUAAACAAUGGCUUAGUAUUCCAUCAAAUGGCGCGUCAGAUGAUUAGUGAGUUGGGCCUUCCAUCACCCGUGCAGCCGAAGGAUGUUGAUCCUCCUCGCCGUGCCCCUGAACUAUCCACAGACAUCGAAACGGAAAGUCGGAAACGAUUGUACUUGGGCCUAUUCUCUCUUGAUGUGUCCAUGGCACUCUAUCUUGGUUAUUUUCCUGGUACCAUUCUGGAGUCAGCCCAUAGUUCGACAAAGAUUCUAGAUACAUUCGAGGAACUGCAAAACUGGUCGCCAUAUAUCGAUCCGCUUCAAUCACCCAAUCUCCCAAGGCAUAAAACUUACGUGCCAACGCCAAUGCAUGCCGUGUCUACAUUUGCGGCCCAAAUAAGUCUAUUCGAGAUAACGUCAACAAUACUUUGUGCGUAUUACAACAAUUCAGGCGUACGGAAUACAUUCCAAUCUUCUUGGGAAAUGAAAACCACAAUAGACGAGCAACUCAGUUCCUGGCAACUGUCCCUCCCUGCACACCUUCAAUUUGAUCCUGGACUCGACCCACCACCCCCACCCCACCAAAUUGAGUUGCUAAUAAAGUUUCACGCCAUAAAGAUCCUCAGCCGGAGGCCUUUCCUGGAGCGUAAUUAUCUCCGCAGUUGUCUCUCCAAUGAAGAUGUUUCGAUGAUGGAGGACGCUUGCGCAGAAGAUGCAACCUCGGUGUGGAGACAUCUUAGCAAAUACCGAGACGUCUUCAGUCUCCGGCGGUCAUCCCUACUUCUCUCUUUCUGCGCAUGUGUGGCCAUAAUGGUAUUGAUGGGCCGGUCUUCAGCAGAUGAUCUAGCGUCGGCCACCUCUGUAGAGUCUCUUUGGUCAAUGCUAUUGGAAAUACAGGCGGGCCCAAUUCCCGGUCUCCGAAAUAUCCUGACUGCGAUAGACCGAAGAGUGCAUACCCUGGAAAAUAAUCCAAAUCAACUUUACGCAUCAUGUACAAAUGACAACGGGUCAAAUGUUGAUGCGAGGGCUAGUACUGGAGAUGUGGGAUAUGAUGAAUCCUAUCAUAUCCUCCCCAUGGCGAGGAAUAUGUCGUCCCAGUCAAUUGCACAAACCUUCUCGCGGUCAAGACUGGGAAUUGAAACACAGAAUAGGUUCCCCCAAGCCCCUCAUACACUGGCUGCUGUGCCCGAGUAUACAACGGCGAUUGAACAGCUCAAUAUUGUUGAUGUUGAGGACAAUGCGAACGAACUUGCCGUGUUUGUGAAUUUGUGGUGUCCUAGAGUCGGUGAAGGCUCCUCACUAUGGCUGCGCGACGCAAUCCAGAUGAUGGAGACGAAGCCCCUGCUCAGAAACGUUCUGAAGGCAGUUUCAAAAUUUGUCUACAGCAAAUUAACAGGUAACGUACAGUCGGAACGAUCUAGCCAGCAACUAUAUAUCAGCGUUUUGGGCUCUGUCAAUCACGAACUUGGUUGUCCGACCAGCAAUACCUCAACAGAGCUUUUUCUCACUAUUCUUUUGCUUUCAAUUCUCGAGGUGUGUAUAGAUCUUCCUAACUUCGUACAGAUGUGCUAA